CGUUAAUUCAUAGUACGGAGUACUCUUACCGUAGUGCCCUUGAAUCGACACUACUGCGCCCUUUGGUCUGCUGCCGCACUCUAGCCCAUCGCCGUUCCCGCCAAUACACCAAUAGGAGAGCUCGACCUUCCCAGCCUCCACCCCACCCAUCUCGACCUUGGGAACCUCCACCACCUUCACCACCUUCACCAUCUUCAUCAUAAUCACCACCUUCACCAUAAUCACCACCUCCACCACCUACACCACCUCACCACCUCCACCACCUCCACCACCUCCACCAUCACGCGCCCAACCAAUAAUCCUGACAGACCUGACUACACCACUGGUCAUUGGACACACUCCCAGACCUCACUCUCCACCACGGCGCAUAUCGAAAACCCCCAAAUCGUACCUACCCUCACUCAUCUCGACCGAGCAACUCAACGGCAUUGAUCCCAAGAGGUUAUCUGAGUCAACUACCGGCAUUUACUCCUGCAUGAGAUCGCUCAACCCGAAUCCUGAAGAUCCUCCUUGCGCGGUGUAGCACUCAGACACACAUACCCCCAUACCCAUACACAUACCCAUACCCAUACCCACCCAUACCCAUACACAUACACCAGAAUACACCAGACCAUGGCGUCGUCAUCGUUCCGCGAUUCCAUGAACUCCCUAGGCUGGUCCCGCCGCGAGGAAGCACCCAUAGACACCUCGCAGCAGAGCGGCCUCCUCUCAUCCAUCAAGUCGCUCAACCCCUUCGGCGGGGAUGGCUACGUCCAGCUCCCAACCACCGAGGGGCCUGGCGCCCCAUUACCUGCACCCAAUAGGAGGGAGGAAGAAGAAGGCUUCUUUGCACUGAGUAGAUGGGACCGAAUCCUAAUCUUCAGUGGGUGCAACCUCGGCGCCCUCGCCUGCUUCGUCAUCUGUUUCGCGCUCUUCCCCGUCAUGGCGUUGAAGCCGCGCAAAUUCGCUAUACUAUGGUCACUCGGGUCCGUCCUCUUCCUAGCGUCGUGGGCCGUCAUGAUGGGCCCGCUGACUUAUGGGCGGCACCUUGUGUCUGCGCAGCGGCUGCCGUUCACCGCGGCGUAUUUCGGGUCUAUUGGGCUGACGCUGUAUUUUUCGCUCGGGCUUCGAAGCACACUCUUAACGCUCCUCUCGGCCAUCAUACAGCUGGCUUGUCUGCUUUGGUAUCUUAUCAGUUAUUUCCCUAUGGGUUCCAGUGGACUGCGUCUUGCUACUACGUUUGGUGCCCGUAGAGCUGCGGCGUGGGUGUCUGGGUGAGCUCAGGCGAUGAGAGGGAGAGUGACAUAAUAAUACAGCCGAGAUGAGAAUGGGGAAUGAGAAUGAGAAUUUUUUGCCGCGCGGGGUUAGCGAAGCAUGUCUGUAUGUAUUGAGCGAAGGACGUUGGGUGUGCAGAGGCUUGUACAGUAUGAUAGCUAUUACAACCCGGGAUUUCGUGUAUAUGGAGCAGCUUUUAUAUACAAUGAGAAGAAGAGAUGUUUU